AUGGUCGGUGGACGCCGUUUAGUUUUUUUGGUGGGUGGUGUGAUGGGUCCCGGGACCAUUAGUGGGCCAAUUCGAGAAUGGAAGUUCUGUUUGUCUUGCUCCUACGAGGCCAGGCCCAGGGACUUCCUGGGGGGAAAAUGUAAAGCUAAUGCUAUCAUGUAUCAAGGUGAUGCCGAAGACCGCGCGAUACCGGGGACCCUGAUUCGAGAACUGGUGGCAAGAGUCAAGACGCUAUGGUACCUAGUAUCGGUUCCUCAGCUUGUCAUCGUACGACGGGAAGAAGCGAGAAAAGUCUUUCCCCAGACGAUUGUCAUGUCGCAAAGUGCUGCACACAAAGUCCCCGUCGGUCCCCUAGUCCCCUCAAUUCAAGCGCACCAAGAGAGAGACCCGCUGAGUGCGGAGCGGAGCGGAGCCGAUCGUCAUUCAGGGUCGUCAAUGUCUGGAUAA